UCAACCCCUCCCAUUGGCGUCCGAACUUCCCCUCCUCCGGCGUCCUACCGACUAUACAACACAAUGGCGCCGGCAGCUCGACCAUUGACCAUGUUCGCCGCGACAUCGACUCGUGCACUGGCUCGCUCGGCUGCGGUCAACCCGGCCCUCGCAAACCGACUUCUCGCGGCCGCUGCCGUUCGCGGCUACGCCACCCCUUCGGGCCCGCCGCCCAAGAACUUCCGUCAGGCGCCUUACCUGCGAUGGAACGAGGAGAAGGAGAGCACUUUGGACCGCAUGGGACGAUACUUUCUCCUGACCGAGAUGUUCCGCGGCAUGUACGUGCUCAUGGAGCAGUUCUUCCGCCCGCCCUACACCAUUUUCUACCCUUUCGAGAAGGGUCCCAUCUCCCCCCGAUUUCGCGGUGAGCACGCCCUCCGCCGAUACCCCUCGGCGAGGAGCGCUGCAUCGCAUGCAAGCUCUGCGAGGCCGUUUGCCCGGCGCAGGGCAUCACCAUCGAGCCGAGAGCGCGCGACGCUCCCGCCGCACGACCCGCUAUGA